AUGGGUCGCCCUCGAGGUCGUGGACGGGGAGGCUCUCGUCGGAGCGGUGUUUCUUCUUCUUCUUCUUCUUCGCACUAUCAUAUGCCAAGUGCUUAUGAAGCGAGCUUUGAAAAUACUGACCAUUUCUCCACUGCAACUGAUGCCGCCAUGAGCAAUGGCAGCGGUGCAGUAUUAUCCACCACACCCGCCAACUCCAACAACAACAACAACAACAACAGUACAGAUCUUGCUCUUCCCUCACAAUUUCCUUUGUCCUCUCCCACAAGCACCUCCACAAGCUCCCGCACGCCUGGAAAGCCAUCCUCUUCUCAAGCAGGUCGGGUUAAACCUUCUACACCGAAGCUGCCGUCGUCAGACAAUCAGCCUGCGGCUCGUCAUGUGCGGUCGGAAAAGGCGCCACAAAAAUCUUCAUCAAACCUCACUCGCUCUCUCACAUUAUCCACCCCCUCAACCCAGGUCCCCCAACCAUCCACUCCUGCAAACAACAGAGGCGUGAGCAGUACGCGUUCAACACGCCGAAGCACUUUUGACGCCGGCAGUGAUAUUGCUGCCAUGGGCAACGCACAUGACGAAUCCGUCUCAAAGGGCGGUCAUUCCCUACGCAGACGCGCUCGUGUUGAUUACAACCAAAUUGACACUGAGACGCUCGACAUGCUCAAAGCAGACCCUGAACCUAAUAUCGCCUUCUCUUCCCGUGGCAGGAAACGCAAGAUCAUCGCCCAUGAUCGUAGUAUCUAUGACGACCUGGACGAUGCUGCACCAUCUGUCACCAAAAAGGCACGUGUAGGAAGGGUCAAGGCCACAUCACCACCUCCUUCUCUGGCUACCAGGCGACGAAGGUCGACGGCAAGAUCAUUCAGCACACCGCAGCCAGAUUUGUCGUCCUCUCCACGCUCUGGCGAGGUCUCGGAUAAUGACGUUAUGGAUGAAAUCCAAGUUGCCCUGGAAUCCGCCCAGUCCUCAUCGGACGGCCGGAGCAGCGAUCCAGAUAUCACGGCAGAAGAUCCGGCUCCUCAGCCCAAUGAGGACCCACAAGACUCCGACUCUGAUUUUAAUGACUUGGAGAGUUUUAAAUCUGGUUCCUCUGACCUUGGGGAUCUAUCCAUGUCGGCGCCCAAGCCUGGCCUUCGAGACCCACAAUCAGAGGACAGAGAAGCACGAGACCAAUCAGAUGAUGAUGAUGAUGAUGAUGAUGAUAUGUCUCCCACCCAUUUGCCAGAUGCUGCCGCUCCCUCCAGUGCCCAGCGAGACGGCAUCAUCACUCGGAAAAGAAAUCCAAGGAGACUCAUCGUCACUGUCUAUGCCGAAGAUGUUGUCCUGGAAAGCUGCCACCCUGGUUCUCAGUUCGCGCGUAAGCAUAAAGAAGCUCGCGCAAAGGACAUGGAGCAGCGCAGUCCAAAGUCUUCGAAUACCGAGUCUAAGAAAGAUACCCUCAACAUAACCAAUUUGAACGCUGAAUCGGCCUUGCCUAACAAUGACGGUCUGCGAGAGGUUGCCCUCGGUGCCGAGUCUUCUGAUAAAGUUGACGAGGAAUCAGGACAACAAACAAGCAAAGAUCUGUCACAAGAAAAAGACGCUGUCAAAGCCGAGGAGAUGGUUGAAGAUGACUCCAAUUCGCUGAUGCAGGUUGACGAGCAUCGUGUCUCUCAGUCUUCCGAACAAAAUCGACGCUCACGCCACACGUCUCCAGUUGGCAAUGUGGCCCAAGAACCAUCAGCAAAGGACUUGGCCAAAGACACCUCCUCAGCUCCCACGCCUGCAGAGGAUCACCUGUCGCCUCUCCAUCGAACGCAAGAAACGACGGAUGCGGAAACAUUGCCUGCUGAUCAUACUGUCGUCGAAGGUCGGGAUAUGAACGAGUCUCAAGCUAAAGACUCUACUUCAAGAACACCUGAAACGGACCCGCAAAACUCCAAGCAUUCGAAGACUCAAGCUGUGGAAGCGCCGCCGCCAAAUAUUGCUGGAAGCAAUAUUGGCAAGUUGGCCGAUUACAUCCUUAGUCGUCACCACCAACAAGUGGCAGACAAUGCUGCAAACGAGGUUGUUGACAGUAUUGUUAAUGAGGUGGUCGAUAGUCUUGCUAAUGAACCUACCGUACCGGUCUCCGAAUUUUCUCGCUCUGACGCCGGGGGAAACCAAGAAGGCGACCAAACAUCACCUGGGCGCGUAGACAUAACAAAACAAGAUGAUAAAGCCGCUGCACCUGGAGAGCCUCUUGCUAGCGAUGCGGAAGAAAUUCCAAACGCAAGCAAGACACAAGACGCAUCUCUGAAGAAGGCAGAGCAGCCGGAGGACGUUGUGAGCAGGCCUCGCGAAGCGAGCCCGACUGCUCCCGAAGAGCCCGAAGCAGAUACACAAGAUGUGGAAAUCACGAAAAAGACUCCGCUAUUACUACUCACGGAAUCUGAAAAAACCGGGGCACUGCAAGCAAACCCAGACCAGGUCAUGAACAACGACAGCUCAAGAAGUACACCCGCGCGCUCAUCACCACCUGUUUCGUUCACCGACCAGCAGAAUAUGGCUGCAAUGUCUGAUGGCGAGGAACCCACGGCGCGGCUCACUCCAAUCACACCCACAGAGUCUGCAAUGCCAUCAAUCCCAUCCCCAUCUGAUAAGGCCACGGAGAAAACAGAGGACGCAGUCCCGGAAUCAGCUUUGCCUGAAACCCAGCCAGGCUCACCCGAAAACCCGACGACGGACGCCCGAGAUGUGUCGACAACACAGGACAUUGAGCAGAAGACAGUUGAGGCGCAGGUUGAUGCGGAGAAACAUCCAGAGGAUUCACAGCCUGCAGAUGUGGAAGUUGACGUGGAGAAACCUCCAGAGGUUGAGAACGACGAGCCUGAGAUAAGUCAACUAACCGUUUGUGAAGCGCAUGAGGAUCACGACGACGUCGAUCAAGACGUCGAAAUGAUGAGUCAUGAGGAAAACGAGCAAGAUAUCCAAGGCGCCGAAGAGCUCGAUGUCGAAGCUGAUGAGCCUCACGAGGUAGAGCCAGUCGAUCUCAAGCCGUGGUCACAUCUUACUCCCUACGUUGCAGGUGUUAGUCUGUACCCGGAACUCGAAGAGCUUGCGACGGCUACCCAAUCUCCGGAACACCAGCAGGAUCCAGCCGAUGAAGCCCAUACCGAGCUCGAAUCGUCGAAGGAUACUUUUACUGCCAGCCAAGACUCUAAUGCGACCGGGAAGGAGCAAACAAACGCGGAAAAGCGCAGCCAAAGGCCCCGGCAAUUCUCUUACAAAAAGUUGCGAUCGGCUGACGACUUUAUCGAUGUCAUUGGGGACUACAAGUCCAUGAGCACAGAGGACCUCUACGAAUGCCUGGCAAAGAUCAACCAAACAUUAUGCGCUUGGCAGGACGAGUAUGUCGGGCACCGGAAGACAUUGGACGCAGAGUUCAAUGCACCCAGGCGCAGGGCCGACGAACCAAAGGAAGAUGAUCGUGUGUCUAGGGCCCUCGACCGGUACAAGACGCUUGGUGUCUACGACCCCGAUACGCUUGAUAGCAGCAGACAGGCGCCCAAGGGCUUCCAGCUCCGGCGGACGCUCGAACCACGGAAGUGGUAUACUGAGAUCGAUAAGGACGGAGACCAAGACAAAGCAGAUGCUCGAGCGAAUGACAAGGUGAUGGCUCAGACGUACGGAUUUGAGUAUGACAGCCGCGAAUUGAUGAUCGGAAAGCAGGAGCCGCUGAACCAACGCGAUGGGCCUAGCAAGCCCCGCACUCGAGCUCGGCCAAAGACUCAAAAAGCAGCCGAGGCAGAAGAGGAGGGUGUUCUAGGCAAACGGGCACGCAAGAAGCGCAUAUUUGAUGACGAUAGCCGAGCUCCAAGCCGAGCAGCUACGCCGGUACCUGUGCCUACCAUCAUCAACAAGACUGGGCGGCGCGGCCGCAAGACUGCCGCUGAUCCUGAGCCUAAGGAGGUUGAGCCGGAGGAGCCCGCUCCACCUCCGCCCCCGGCUCCGGCUCCGGCUCCGGCUCCAGUUGUAACGACCAGACUCGGCCGCAGUAGGCGUGGUGCUAAGGCGCAGCAACAAAGCGAGGUUGAGGCAUCUCAAGAGAGUGUUCCUGUUGAAGAGCCCCCGGCACCUCCGCCCGUGACUCGAAAGAGGCGUCGUGGCGCGAACGCUGCCAAUGGCGACGGCGAUGUUCAGGCAAGCUCGCAGGAGGUAGUGGAGGACCAGACAGCGCCAGCUGCCAAAGAACCUACACCGGCAGUAACGGACAGCGAGGCUCUAGAACCAAGUGCCAAGCGGGCACGGAAAAAGCUGCCUCGUCUUGACCUUGUCCGUCCAGCCAGUCGUCCCUCCAGGGGAGAGAUCUCAUCAGGCAACUUCUACAGCAACGGGCCGUCGGUGGCACCCACGGAGGAUAACACGGAAGCAUCUCGGCCGUCUACGUCGUCGUCCAACGCUACGGUCAUGUCUACUGCCUCUAACUAUUCCUUCCGUCCCAAGCGCGGCAGGAACUUCCGAGAAGAGCUCAAUGGCGGCGAGCCCAGCACAGAAGAGCCAAAGAAGAAGCGUACGCGACGCAAGGGACCUGCCCCGUCGUCGGCACCGAUGCCGACCGUCCCGCUCGCGCCGGCCCAAGCCCACCCCGGCGAGGGCAUGAUGCACAAGAUUAUGCAUCAGCAACCGUACUUUCCGCCACCAGCACAUUAUCCCCACGCAUCACAGCAUGGCUCUUUUGGCGUCAUGAACUUUGGCCCUGGCGCCCCAGCCCCGAUGCCCGCGCAUCCAACGAUUCCCAUGCCGCACGGGUCUGCGAUUUUCACUGGCGUUGGUCACCCUCAUCAGUCGAUUCAGUCUCCAGGACCCAUAACGAACGCCAGUAUCAAUGGCAGGGGCGGGCGCGAGCUGAAGAUCAAGAACGUCACGCCUUCGAUGGUCGGUGGAAGUGGUGGGCCUGGACCCGGCAGGGUUAUGAGCAUGGUUGCAAAUCGUGACAUCCUCAUGGCUGCGGGACUGGCCACCGCACCUACGUCCGUCUCGGGUGGAUCGGUAGAUGCAUCGCGCGCCAACUCGCCGUUUGCCGUCAACGGGGAUGAGCCAGAGAAGGACUACGCGUCAAUGACCAAGUCCGAGAAGAUGAGCCAUUCUAUGCGCUCACGCUGGCGAAAUGGAUCGAUGCAGGGCGCGGUGGCGAAGCGUAAGGAGACAUUGCGACUGAAGAAAGCCAAGGCUCAAGAGGCCGAGGAAACCCCAGGUGCGAGCAAGGACUCUGCGCUACCGGCUCAGGGCGAUGCCACGAAGCCUGGCAAGGAAGUUCCAGGCUCUGGUUAA